AUGUUCGAGGUGGGCGACUGGGGCGAGGAGGAGGCGCCGCCGCCUCCUCGUACCGUGGCGGACGCCGACCUCGAGGCGCUCCUCCAGCGGGUCGAGCUCUCGCCGGCCGAGGCGGUGGCAGCGGCGCCGGCUCGCGCCAAGCCGCCGCCGGCGCGGGUUCACGCCGCUCCUGCGGCUACACAGCCCCCCGCGGCGCCCGCCGGCCCGUCUGUCGAGCUCGGCUUUGCGGACGCGGGUCAGGCGCACCCGCGCUUCCCCUCCAAGGUUGGAGGGGCGCCCGUGUGGCUGCACCCACAGCCGCCGGGCGCACUCGCUUGCGCUCGGUGCGGCCGUGGCCUCCGCCUCCUGGUCCAGCUCUACUGCCCGCGGCCGGGGAUGCCCCACGCCUUCCACUGCUCUCUGCUGCUCUUCUGCUGCGGCGGCGACUGCCUCGAGACGCCCGCGGGCUGGCGGGCGCUCCGCUGCGUGCUUCCCGAGGCUGCGCCGCUGGAGCCGCCGCAGGCCGGCGGCUCCGCCUGCUCCGACAGCCCGGACAGCCCCGCCUGCGGCCCCACGGCGGCGGGCGCCACGGACGCCGCCGGCGCCGCCGCCAGUCGGGCGCCGUUGCCGGAGCUGCCGCUGAGCAUCGACGUCGAGGGCGACUGGGAGGGGUGGCUCGAGGAGUGGGACUGGUCUGAGGUUGCGGCGGCCGAGGCGGCGGCCGAGCGCUAUCGCGCGAGGCAUGCCGCUGACGCGGGCGCGGCGCCGGACGACGCGUUGUCGGAGGCGGAGCUCGGCGAGGGCGAGGGCGAGGACGAGGGCGAGGACGACGCGCUCGCGGCCUUCCAAAGGCGCGUGAGCGCGUGGCCAGAGCAAGUGCUGCGGUACUGCCACCACGCCGACGCGCAGCCGCUGUGGCUGUCGCGCCUUCGCCGGCCCGCGGAGGUGCCGCCGUGCGGCCGCUGCGGCGCGCCGCGCUGGUUCGAGUACCAGAUCGUGCCCAACCUGGUGGCGUCGAUCGAGCGGGCGGCGGAGGCGGGAGGCGCCGGGGACGCGGCCGCGCCAGAGGAGGCGCUCGACUGGGGCACCGUGGCCGUCUUCACGUGCUCCGCGUCGUGCGCGGCCACGGGCGAAGCCGAUGCGUACGCAGAGGAGUACUGCUGGCACCAGACAGCGUGCGACGACUGCAUUCUCCUCCUGCCCGAGGACCCGGUGAUUGUUGCGCUCGUGCUGGGCAACUCUGCCGCCUGCACGGCCGCCGCGCUCGCCUCGGCCGGCUGCGCGCUCUCCUCGAAUUGCCCGGCCGCAUGGUGGAGGCUCCUGUACUGGGCGACGCUGCUGUGCGGGUGGCUGCUGCCCGAGGUCCUCAGCGUGGCGCUGCUCGCGGGCCAGUUCAGCGCCCUUGGCCGGUGCAGGGCGGCGCUGCGAUCGCGCCUCUUCUUCUACGCGACGCUCCUCGGCGCCGCUGCGUGCGCCCUCCUCUUCCUCCAGCUUCCGGGCGCGGGCGCCGGGCUGCUCUCCGCGGUCGCGGGUGGCGGCGGCCUCCUGCUGCUGGCGCUGCUCUUGGGCCAGGGCAUGGUCGCCUUGCCGCGGGCGCUCUGGACGCUGGCGCCGUCCGACGAGUGGCGCCGCUCGCUCGCGUAUGGCCUCGCCGUCGUCGACGCGGAGCACCGCGCCCGCGCCCGCGCGCUCGAGGACUGCCUGCAGCACGUGGACGCAGUCGUGAGGCUGGCGCCGCCGCCGCCGCGCGCCGGCGACGUGCGCAGGCGCGAGACGCUGCUCGAGUUGGCGGCGCUGGCGCUCUCCGAGCGCGCGCCCGCCGCGGGCGGAGCAUCGCUGACGACUCGCCUGUGCGGCGCGCUUCCGACGCUCGCCGUCGCGCCGACCGGCGCGGGCUUGGCGCGCCACCACCACCGGCUGCGGGUGGCGUUCGCCGCCGAGCGCGCUGCGUGGCGGCGGCGCGAGCGCUGCCUCGAGCGGGCGUGCGCGCUGAGGGCGGCGCUGUCUGCCACGGAGCGCGGUUUUGGCGGUGCGGCCGUCCCCGCGCGGCGUGGCCUGUGGCUCGGCGCGCUGCGGCAGCCCGCCUUGCGCGCGGCAUCUCUCGGGCUCGGGCUGCUGAGCGCGCUGCAGCUCUGGGGCGCCGCCUCGUGCGGCCUGACCGGCAUCUCGGCGCAGCCGUCGCUCUGCGAGGAGCGCCCGGCGCUGCUCCGCGCCCUGCUGCUCGUCCACGCCGCGCUGUGCACCGCGUUCGCCCUCGCGCGCUCCCGGAUGCUCACCCACCUGCCGCUCCGCUUCCCGCGCCCCGACGGGCGCGCGCUGCUCCAGACGACGGCGUGGAGCCUCCGCCUCGCCGCGCCGCUCGUGCUGCACGGCGAGGCGAUCGCCGGCGACGCCGUGGGCGGCGACGACGCGCCGCCCGGCGCGCCGCGGCUCCCCGCGACCGCGCCGGAGCACUGGCUGCUCGCCGCGGCGCGGCCGGCGCGCAGCACGGCCGACGACGAGGCGGAGGCCGCGGCGGCGGCCCGGGCGCGCUGGCUCGAGCUGCGCGGGAAGCAGGGCGGGCCCGACCAGGCGAGCGCCCCCGCCACGCCCGCGGCGAUGGCGGCGACCACCCCGGCCGAGACGGAGGAGGCGGAGGGCGGCGGCCCCACCGCGCCGUGGCCGCCGGCGCCGCCCGCCGCGGCGUCGAUGGGGGCGCCGGGCGGGAGACGGCGCUCGCGCCGGGUGCGGCUCCUCGGCGACGUCGAGCGUGCCGUCGGCAUCGUCGUGUCGGCAGAGUACUGCCCGAUCGCGGCUCUUCUCGGUGAUAGCAUCGACGACUCGUCGGUCAUCGGCGGCUGCGCGUCUCCUCCUUCCCGCCUCGCCCUCGCCACGCUCGACGUGGACUUGCACUGCAGGGCCGCGAUUGAUGCUGAAGCUGUGACUUCUCCGCGUCCGUCAAAGCGCGUGUGCCGCGGCCUGGAGACGCCCUCGAGCCCGCAGCUCUCGCAGAUGGCCCUUCUGCUAAACAGCGAUAUCGGGCCGGGCCUCCUCAAAACCCUCUUCUUGAAAGCGGCGCCGCCGCCUCUGCCGCCGAUCCAGAUCAAGCUGGGGGCUCACCCGGCGCCCAGCGGGUCGCGAAAGGACAAGCCGCAGCGAUGCUCGCGAUGCGGCGGCCUCGGCCAUAAGGCGAGGACCUGCAAGCACAGCAGCUCAGGCGUGACCGCCGGUGUGUAG